AUGUCCCAGCUCCUCCACCAAGCUGCCCGGCACUGCGAGCCGGAGCGUGCCUGCCUUCAGGGAGCAGCCUGCCAGGCCUCUCCUGGGGCAGCCCUUUCAUGGAAGCGCGGGAAGAAGUUUUGGUAUGACAGCCCUGCCCUGGGAUCUAAAAUGAUGUAUAAACCAACCAAGUUGGCCUCUGUAAUGAAAGAUGACCACACAAAAACUAGAAAAGAAGAUAACAUACGCUGCAGAGUCUUGAACGGUCUUAUUCAUAAAGCUGUGGCGGAGAUGAUGGCUACCUGUGAAGUCAAUCAAGAACUUUAUGAUCUCAAGCUGGAUAUCUGCAAGGUGUCCCUGGCAUCAAACUUUUCAGCGUGUCGUGUGUACUGGAAUCCUGCUGCUACUAUGGAGAAAGAAAGUUAUGUUGAAAGUGUACUGCGGAAGAGUGCUCCACGCAUACGGUAUCUUCUGAUGAGUCAGCAGAUUCUAGGAAAUGUACCUCCAAUAGUAUUUGUAAAAGACAAAGAAGCUGCAGCUGUAAAAGAGAUUGAGGAAUUAUUGUCAGUUGCUGAUUUUGGACCUCCAGAAGAAGUAGAAACAUUAUCUCAAAAUGAUUCUAGUGAACUGUUCUCCUCAGCAACUCAAUCUUCAGAUUCACCCAUGCGGUCUAAUCUUUUUGGUAUUGAUCAUGAAUUGCUGAAUAAGCAGAUAAUGGACUACAAAAGACUGAAGGUGUCAAGACAUAUAGAAAGCAUUGCCUGGACAGAAGAGCAGGAGCAGCAGCUUUCUAAGAUCCAAAAGAAAAUAAAAAAGAAAAAAACAAGGAAUCCUCCUGAUGAUGACAUCACACCACGGAAAUACUUACUGGACAGUUACGAAGCUGAUUACUGGAAUGAGAACACUGAAUCAGUCUCGGACUAUGAGCUGGAGGAUGAAUUACAGGAAGAGGUAAAUGAAUUGGAGGUGGAUGAUGGCAAAACUCUAAGUCAGCCUACUGAUAAACUGAAAUGA